ACAGUUCGGUGGAGAGGAGAGAGAAAGAGAAUUGAAGACGAUAAGGGCUUAUUUUGCAUAAAGAAACAAUCUUUUUCUAAAACCCCAUCGUAUUCUCAGCCAUCCCAUCUCUGCGCCUCUUCUCUCGCGCUGUGCUGAGAGAAAGAUAAGCUGAAUCUUUCUUCCGUUGUUCAAACAAUGGCUCAACCUCGAGAAUGGGUUGGAAUUCAGCAGUUUCCUUCCGCAACCCAGUCAAGAUUGCAUGAGUUAUUAGGAAAGCUCAAGCAAGAGAAUGUAAACACUUUGACCAUCCUUGUGAUGGGGAAAGGUGGGGUUGGGAAAUCCUCAACUGUGAAUUCAAUUAUAGGGGAAAGAGUGAUGGCAGUCAGUGCUUUUCAGUCUGAAGGGCCAAGACCUGUGAUGGUUUCUCGAACAAGAGCAGGUUUUACAUUGAACAUAAUUGACACUCCUGGCCUUGUUGAAGGAGGAUAUGUGAAUGACCAAGCACUCGAGCUCAUAAAAAGGUUUCUGUUGGACAAGACAAUUGAUGUUCUGCUCUAUGUGGACCGGCUAGAUUCGUACAGAGUGGACAAUUUGGAUAAGCAGAUUGUUAGAGCUAUAACCGAUAGUUUUGGUAAAGGUAUAUGGAAGAGAGGGAUGGUAGUGCUGACACAUGCUCAGCUCACUCCGCCUGAUAGUUUGACUUAUGAGGAUUUCUUCUCUAGGAGGUCCGAGGCCCUUUUGAAAGUUGUUCGACAAGGAGCUCGUAUAAAUAAGCAAGAAGUUCAGGGAUUCCCAAUUCCAAUAGAGUUGGUUGAGAACAGUGGAAGAUGCAACAAGAAUGACUUUGAUGAAAAGAUUCUUCCAAAUGGCACUGCUUGGAUCUCGAAUCUUGUGAACACAAUCACAGAAGUCGCCUUAAAUGGUAGCAAACCAAUCCUGGUUGACAAAAAGUUGAUUGAAGGGCCUAACCCGAAUGAGAGGGGAAAGAUGUUCAUUCCCUUGAUCUUAGCAUUCCAAUACUUCUUUGUCAUCAAUGGAAUCAAAGGAUGGAUCAGGGAUGACGAAGCACUAGAGACACGAUCUGCUUGGGAAGAUCGUGACUAGCUGUAGUUUCAGAUAUGGAAUUCUCUCUUUAAUCCGGUUUUAACUUUUUGGUUUGAGGAAGAAAAAAAAAAGACAUUUGUGAUGGUAGAUUGUUUUCGAGAAGAUUUUGUCUGUUCUCUCUACUACUGUUUUAGUCACACAUAAUGCUGACAUUUGUUCUUCUUCACGAGUGCUUCAAAGUAGAGCUUUUUAUAUGAACAAGCGUAUUUAGA